AUGAGUCCCUUUCGGAUUGUCUAUGGUAAGGCAUUCCACCUUCUAGUGGAGAUUGAGCAUAAGGCCUAUUGGGCGGUUAAGCAGUGUAACAUGGAUUUCACCAAGACGGGUAUAGCCAGAAAAUUACAACUAGGAGAACUUGAGUGUCUUAGGAUCAAGGCAUAUGAUAAUGCUCGAAUCUACAAGGAAAAGACUAAGGCGUUUCAUGAUCACCAUAUCCGAAAGAAGGAUUUUCAAGAAGGUGACGAGGUUUUCCUCUAUAACUCGAGGCUCAGAUUCAUUCCUGGGAAGCUCCGUUCAAGAUGGGAAGGACCCUUCAAGGUGAAUGGACAUAGAGUGAAGAAGUUCCAUGGCUACAAGUCACCAAAGGAUUUAGAGGUGUUCCUGCUUACGGAUGCACUAAGAGGAGGAGAAGCUUAA